AUGGUUGCUAGGGAACCUUUAGCGGCAAGAUGGCAGCCGCUGGCGAUCCGAACCCGGCUUCGCUCCAGCAGCGCCAGCACUCGCCGAAACUGCCGCCGCGAAACGGCUAUGGUGUAUACGUAUACCCAAAUUCUUUCUUCCGCUAUGAAGGAGAAUGGAAGGGAGGCAAGAAACAUGGUCAUGGGAAACUAUUGUUUAAAGAUGGAAGUUAUUACGAAGGCGAAUUUGUGGAUGGAGAAAUCACUGGGGAAGGCUACCAGCACUGGGCCUGGUCAGGAAACACCUACUCUGGACAGUUUGUUUUAGGCGAGCCUCAAGGACACGGCAUCAUGAAGUACAAAGCCGGAGGUCACUACGAAGGGGAGCUCUCCCAAGGCCUGAGGGAAGGGCAGGGGUUUCUGGAGGACCGGGAUGGGCAGGUGUACCAGGGUUCCUUCCAUGACAACAAGAGACAUGGCCGUGGGCAGAUGAUCUUUAAGAAUGGUGACAAGUACGAAGGUGACUGGAUUCGAGACCAGCGUCAGGGACAUGGGGUGCUGUGCUGUGCUGAUGGCUCCGCAUACAAGGGACAGUGGCACAGUGAUGUCUUCAGUGGGCUCGGCAGCUUGGUCCACUGCUCAGGAGUCACCUACUGUGGAAUGUUCAUUAAUGGCCACCCGGCAGCACAAGCUAAGAAAAUUGUGGUUCUGGGUCCAGACGUACUGGAAGUGGUCCAAGGAGCUCCCUUCACAUUGGGUGUACAGCUGCAGCAAGAUGAUGGGGAAGUUGCCAAAGGUGAGAGUGGUCGGGUCCUGAAGAUCUCAGCAGGAGUCAGAUAUGUGCAACUCCCAGAGUACUCUGAGGUCAGCUUUUUCAAGAUGGAUGAAGAUCACAUGGAGGCACCCAUCCAGACUCCGUUUGGGUUCCAGUGCGUUUCCUACCCCCUGUCUGUGCCCACGUGCUGGGGGCUGGAGUCCGGGUCUGCUGUGGAAAGUGCCAGAGCUGACCUGCUACUCUCCAAGAGAGACUCGGAGCCUAUGCUGGACUCAGGAGCCUUCCAUGGCCAGGGAGACACCCUCAGCAUCCUGCCAGUCAAGAGACAUGAACCCCGCUGUCCUGCUGGCUGUCGGCGAGUGGACCAAGGCUGUGCUGAGUUUGUGGACAUCCUCCUCGGAGCCCCUCCGCCUGGGAUGCAGCCCUUUCUGUUCCUGCCCAGCACGCUUGAGAAGGCUGGCGACAGGCCUAAAGGUGGCCAGAGUCCCCCAGAGGUGCUGCCCACUGCCCAGGAACCUCUAAAAGUCACCAACAGGCCUGAUGGGACCACAGCAGAGCCAUCGGCAGCUGCAUAUCUGGGAGAAUAUGUGCUCAUGGUCUCUGAUGUGACCAGCCCUCCAUUUCUGGGCCACAGGCUGCCCACUGCCUUCAAACACCUGCGGAUCUUGGCAAAGGGGGGCACUCACUGGCCCCAUGUCCCUGAAGAUCACCCAGAAGCUCUAAGCUAGAGGCCACUUCUGGAUGUUGGACAUAAAGGAGCCAGCCAUACCCUCCAGGGAAGGCCACCCUUCCCUGAAUGGAGGUUCAUGCUGCUUCCCCCAAGGACGACAUCCUCUGUUCCUAAACAGUCUAAGAGUUGGGACUGGCCCAUGUAAGCCCCACAGCUACUGACUUCAAUAAAACUCUAAAUACCAA